CAUACUUAUUGUUUUAGUUGUUACUCUGAAUACUUGAAAAUGAAAAAUAUUUCAAAGGAUACUGUUUAGUCCACCUGUCAGCUGAUAGGACUUAGAAACUCAGAAUAUGCUCAGCCAGUCAGCCAUUUUUAGAAAUUUUCAUUAUCAGAAAUUUGCAAGUAUAGGCUGGCUGUCUGCGCAAGUUUAAUCUUGUCUAAAUUUUCAAAUUGUGUUAUUCGAUUUCUGGAAACUUUGAAAGAUUGCAUCCUACUUGAUUCUUGCUGACCGCGUGUGUUGGAACGGUUGCCAUGUUCGUCGUCGAUUCUAAGAGCACUGUUAUAAAGUUAACAGUACUGGAACUUGAGACUCAUCUCUUGGGGAAAGAGUUCAGUGAGAAAACCACAAAUGUGUUAAGAGAGAACGAUAUUGACGGAGACGUUUUGUUGACGCUUGAAGAAAAUCAACUACAGAGUCUUGGCAUUUCACUUGGACAAAGAGUAAAACUCGUUCGAUACAUCAAGAGUCUGUCAAUGGGUACCAGCCAUUCGACAGUAAUGGACCCAACCAUUUUGCACCAUUUUGAGUCCCCUUCCUCUGGUACAGUAACACCCGAAUCACAGUUGUGGGAGAGUCAUCUUCAAACAAGUUUGAACGAUCAAUUGGUGGACAACAAUCAUCAAAUGGAGGAUCUUCUUGGUAGUUCUACCUCACGUGAUCCAUUGCCUUUUUCUUUUGAGAAAUUCAGCGAACCCGUUCCAACUGCAAGUGAUUCAAAUUUGCAGAACCAUGUGCCUCCAAAAGUUUGUGAAAAGAAUUUGACGUUUGAUGUAAAAGAAAUUUUGAAUGCCCAUGAAGAAGGUAAAAAAAUCGUUGAGAAAUAUCAAGCUGACGUUGCGAUGCCUGUUACUGAGGUGGACCGAAACACUAUUAUUAAUAUUGCAUUGGGCCACGUUAUUCGUACAAUUGGUAAUUACUACCCAGAAGCGUCAACCAAACAAAAAUUGGCUGCUGCUAUUGUAGCUGCUUUUCCUCAGAUGGGGUUAAUUCGAGAUGGCCUACCUGCUUAUACGUAUAUUUACAACAGCGCAACUGGUAAUGCUUACAUUGAUCAACACUUAAAGCGGAUGAGAAAAGCUGCGUUGACUCCCGAUCAACGAAAGAGGAAAUCUGUGGAAAAACCAAAAGACGAUGCAAGGAAAGGUAAAGGGAAAUCUUUGAAGAAGUCAAGUCCAGCAGAGCAGCCUCUAUCAGAUGAGUAUGUCGCUGAAUGUAAAUCAAAGGUUGCUUGGUUGCAAAAUUGCGGUGUUUUUUUGGAAAACAAAUCGAAGAUAAUGGAGUAUAUGGAUGAGACGUACGAGUACAGGAGAUACCAAAUUGCAAAUAUCCUACUCACUCCAACUGCAAUUGUUACCGAAUUCCCGAGAUUUUUAGAUGUGGAUUUCGGAAGACUGAUUAUAGCCGAUUAUGUUCAUCAGUAUCCUAAAACAUCUGACAUCGGAACCUUUAUGUCGAAGUAUGGAAACAGAUUAAUCCGUCUAGCUCUUUAUAACAAUAUGGAAAUUCAAGAAUCAACAGAUGCAUUUUUAAAGGUACUGGUGGUGUGUGUAAAAUUGAUGCCAAGAAUUCAACAAGCCAAAAGUCAACUGAACACAACUCUGCAACAACUCGUAAUUUUUCUCAAGGAAAACACUAAUUUGGAGGAAUUCGUAAAAAACAAGCCUAAGCACUUGAAACAACCAUUCCUUGUUUGUCUAGGAACUUUAAUUGCUCCAAAGCAAUUUUUUCUCGUCGUUGACUUCUAUGUAAUUGAUUGUGGAAGUGAAUGCUCUAAUGCAUUCAACGUUCUUUUCUCAAGUUUCUUUGCCUUUAAUACCGAGUAUCCUAAACCCGUUUUGAUGGAGUUUUACCAAUUUUUUGAAUAUGCAGUUUACGGAAUUGUGCCUAGUUGUAGCUGCAAUAUUGGCGCUUUUGUAAGCAAAUUAGAGUGUUUGCCCCUUACUUAAUUUGUAUUCAUUCACAUGCAAUGCUCCCAAUAUUCAAGGACUCAGGAAUGUACCGUUUUUUAAGCUUAACUUUUUCGCUUAACGCCUUCAAUAAAUGCGGUUUAAAUGAUCUUGUUUGUUUGGUUAUUAUUCAGUAUUAAUAUGAAUGCGUUAUGGUAAUUCAGUAUGGGUGUGGGUCACAAGAAAGAGGGGUUUCGAAGAAAGAAUAAAAGUGGGUGGGGCAUAUAAUCCUGUAUGACUACGAAGAGUUAGUAUGUGUAGUACGAAGGAUUAGUAUGUGUCGUACGAUGAAUUAGUAGCCCUGCGUACGAAUGCCUUUUCGUAGCCCACAUACGAGUUAGUACCAUCUUAGUAUGAUUUCCCAAAAGACUACUAGAAAAAGGGUCUUAGUACCCCCUUCGUAGCCUCUCAAAAA